AUGCGAUGUGAAUUAGGGCAUUAAUUCUUUUCGUGGGACAGAUCAUUGCGUCUUUCUGUCAAAUUCUUUUGUGUCGAAUAAAAACGCAUUGGAAAAGUAUAAUUUUAUCAAUUUUCACGGUGAUAUUUACAGAUAUAGAUUAAAGUAAUGAUGAAGAAAACAAGUGAGCAAGUAGACUCGUCAAGUUCUGAAGAUGAAAAAUUUGCAAAUAUUUUGAAGGAAGCAAUUGAUCAGCAAUUUUUAAACAAUAAUCUGUAUAACAUAGAAAAAGCCAAAGCUAUUCCUCAGUCUGAAGCAAAGACUGACAAACUAGAAGGAAGUUAUUUCUUGAAAAUAAGCUCAAAACAAGCAGAUGAAUUUACAAAUUUUGGUGUUACUGCCACAUUUCGAAGUUUUAUCGCCAAAAAACUAGAUGAAAUUUUGGAGCGAACCAUAGAGAUGGAAAACAGUGAAAUUCCUAAUUAUUGUGAUGAACAGAAAUGGAAAAAGGACAAAAGCUCUGGAAUAAAACUUCUAAGUACAUCAAAAAAUUUGUUAACUAUUACAAAAAUCAAAGAGGAAUGUAUAGAGCAUAAAAAGAAAUCCAAAAGAAAUAGACAGACUGUAGAGGAUGACGAGACCUCAAAAUUUCGAGAAGCUGUCAUUGACCCAGAAUAUAUAUUAAACAAAUUAGAAUUGGAAGCUUGGGUUAAUAAACGCCCAGAAUCGGAAUUUAAGUAUAAAAGAUUAAAAAAUGGUACUUUAAUCGAAAUGUAGUAUUACUUUUCUAUUUGUAUUUGUAUAUAUGUACAUAUACAAA